AUGACUGGACCCAUCAAUAUCCAUAAGGAGACACACCAGGCCAAUAUCGCACUCGCGGAAAUGACGCGCAACUCUCCCAGGCUGGAAGACGUCAGGGCGCCCGAGUUCCUCCUCAUGCAAGACGCCGGCAAAACAACACUACCACCUCCUACCCUUCUCCCGAGAGCGUACGACACUAGUUUUCCCUCCCAAGACGUAGGCCGAGACAUCCCUGUCCGCGUGUACAAGCCAGACAACAGCCAAGCCAGCCAAGGCCUCAUCAUGCACAUGCACGGAGGAGGCUUCGUCCUAGGAUCUCACAGGACCUCCGACUACCAACUCCAACUCUUCGCCAACAAAUGCCAGCUCACCGCCCUCUCAGUAAACUACCGCCACGCCCCAGAGAGCCCUUACCCAGCGCCAGGAAACGACUGUCUCGACGCCGCCGAGUUCCUACUGCUCUUCAUGACGGGCGAGUCGUCCGGCGGUAACUUGACCGUCACCGCGGCCCUGGCACUCAUGCGUUCCCGCCCAUCCCACCGCCUGGCCGGGUUGAUACCCUACUACGGCGCCUUCGACCCGACACUAUGCCUCCCCCAAGCAGCGACUUACACCAAGCCCCUCGGCUUGUCCCGGGAAGCAGCGCAGCACUUGUCCAAUACCUACCUGCCCGGGCUGAGUAUGGGGGAGAGAAGGAACCCGGCGAUAUCGCCCAUGUAUGAGGAUUUACAGGGGCUGGCGAAGGGUUCUGUGAUGGGGAAGCUACCGCCAGCGCUUUUUCAGUGCGGGACAGAGGAUAUAUUUCUAGAUGAUAGUAUUUUGAUGUGUGCCAAGUGGCAGAUGACGGGGAGUGAGGGCGUUUUGAGGGGUUAUCCUGGGGCGCCGCAUGGGUUUAGUUUUAUGGGUGGAAAGGAGGCUGAGAGUGUUAAAGAAACGGCGGUCAAGUUUGUUAAAGCAAAGUUGGCAGAGUUGAGACACUAA